AUGAAUAGAGGACUAUUUAAAAUUUGGCAGUUCCUGAUCCUUUUGGAACGUAUUCAAAACUCGAUAGAAAUUAAAUACCAGUUUAUUUUGGAGGAUGAGCGUAUUUUUACUAAAUGCAUGGAAAAGCUACCGGAAACUCUAGAUGUUAAUGGUUUAUUAAAUUUUACGAGUAUUGCCUUCGACAUGAGUGAAACUGGAGUGACACUUUCGGGAAACGCAACGGUUAUUUGGGAUAUCCAGCCAACUGACAGAGUUCAGCUUGCUGCAAACGUACUGUACUACGAACGCGGGAGCUGGCAACCAACCACGCUUAACUUGCUGGUUAAAGACUUUUGCAAAGUCAUGUUUGACAAAAAUCAGUUGUGGUACGAAAGUUUCUCUAAGAAUAUAAAAAACAGCGCAGAGGUGAAAGAAAAAUGUUUCAGAGUAAAAGGGACACGAAUCAUAUUCGAAACCUAUACGGUAAAUUUUGUAUUCGGUAGUGGAUUUCCUUUGAAGAACGGUCGCUAUACUCUUCGAUACAAGUUCACAGCACACGAUGUACAUUAG